UACUUAACGGGUAAAAUGGCGGCUGUGGUCGACAGAGAUGGGUUCCGUGUUCGUAAGGCAAGCUUGCGCGACGCAGACGACAUCUGGGGGAUUGUCAGAGAGGAAGGAUGGAGACCUAACAAUCUACAGCUGAUUAGAGCGUAUAUGGAAAUUGCCAAAGAUGGCUGGUGGGUUGCAGAAAAAGACGGCAAAAUCAUAGGCUGUGUCAUGGUGUAUAGCUUCAAUGAAACCCACACUUUCCUUGGCUAUCUGAUAGUGAAACCAGAACACAGAGGCAAGGGGAUUGCUAGAGCAUUAAAGGCGGAAGCAGACACAUUGGCCGCCGACAGAGCGAUCGUUUUGGUGGCAAAUGAAGCGAUAACACCAAUGUAUCUCAAAUGGGGCUACAAAAAGUCUAUGCGCAGUGGUGUGGGCAAGUACGUGGUCACUAUCAAGAACAUUCCAGUGGCUGAAGCCGCAGAGUUCAAAUAUGAAAUAAAAGAUUAUUCGGAGGUUGAUUGGAAAGCCAUAUUGGACUACGACACCACUUUCCAUGUCAUUCCCAGGGAACGUGUUCUCAGAAUAUGGUUUAGAAUCGAACAUUCCCAGACCAAAGUUUUGCUGCUAGACGGAAAAAUUGCCGGUUACGGCACCAUAAUGCCUGCAAAUGAUGGAUUCGCCGUCAGUCCUCUGUAUGGAGAUACUCCCGAAGCCUGUUUGGUCCUGUUAAAGAGGCUUGUUGCCCCUCUACCGCCUGCGUCACCCGUGUAUCUCACAAUCCCGGACUCUAGCCAAGCUGGUCAAACACUACUUGCAGCCAAUGUUGACACGGCCAAGCAAACGGUGUAUGGGUAUGUGCUGGAGACCGGAAAUUCUCCACCUCUUCCUAAGUGGUCCAAUGCAAUGUCUUUAAUAUCUGUGUCCUUUUGCUUUUUGUAACACAAUGGCCUCCGUUGUCAUGUGUACAUGUUGGAGACACUGAGAGUCACCUGUGGAGCGCAGUUCGGUACUCGGUGUUUU